AUGAGCACUCCUACAGUUACCACAGCGGUCGGUGCCGAUGAACUUACCAUUCCCCUCAUCGACUUCUCAGCCUUCCAAACUACAGAUCUCUCAAUUCGUGAAGCCACUGCCAAAGCCAUCUUGUCAGGCUUCCAGACCGCCGGCUUCAUCUACAUCCGCAAUCAUGGAAUUGAUAAAGCUGCGGUAGAAGAAGCUUUCAAAUACAGCGCAGAGUUUUUCAAGAGACCAGUUAGCCAAAAGGAGCAGCUUGCCUGGACGACUCCAGAAGCAAACCGCGGUUAUGUCCGUCAAGGACGCGAAAAGACAACUGACCUUGUUGAUCCUGUCGAAAUCGAAAAGCAACGAGCUCUCGAAGGAGCAGACCUGAAAGAAUCCCUCGAAAUCGGCCGUGAGGGAGUCGAAGGCUUGGAAAACAAAUGGCCCGAUCGCUUCGACGACGAUGGAAAAGUGUUCAGAGAGAAAAUGCUGAGCUUCUUUGAAGUCUGCAAGGAUCUGCACGUGCAAGUUAUGCAAGCUAUUGCUGUUGGUCUUGGUAUCGACGAGCACUGGUUUGACAAAUUCUGUAAUGCGGGCGAUAACACUUUGAGACUGUUGCACUACCCGGCAGUAAGCAGCAAAGUGUUUGCGGACAACAAGAAUAGUGUUAGAGCAGGAGCACACACCGAUUAUGGCUCCAUCACCCUCCUCUUCCAAGACUCCCGCGGCGGACUCCAAGUCCUCUCUCCAAAGGGAACCUACGUAAACGCGACCCCCAUCCCCGACACCAUCGUUGUUAACGCCGGAGACUUGCUAGCCAGAUGGAGCAACGACACCAUCAAAAGCACAAAGCAUCGUGUUGUGGAGCCGCCAGUUAAAGCAGAUGCAGACUUCCAUCCUGCAAGAUACUCCAUGGCUUACUUCUGCAACCCUAACUUUGAUAGAUUUAUUGAUGCUAUUCCGGGGACGUUCGAUGAGGCGAAGCAGAAGAAGUAUCAGGGUGUGAAUAGUGGGGAUUAUUUGGUGCAGAGAUUGACGGCGACUUAUUGA